AAACGCAAAUGACCAUGCAAAUGACAAAUGCGUAGAAUAUGACAGGUCACAAUAUUUAAGAUAUUCUCUUUAAAUCAUAAAUUAUGAAUGAAUAAUCAAAUAAAAUUGACAAAUCGAUUUUGGAUUUCAAAAGUACUGCGUUUGACCAUGAUAAAUUUUUAAUUUUGAUGUCACACAACGAGGAAUGUCAACCUGAAAUCGAAGAGACCGAAAUUCAAACGAUAGAACUAAUAACUUCUAAUUAUUAUCGAAAUUCAGAAGAGCAUCAUGAUAAAGCCAAGGAAACUUAUUGCAGUCCCGAAGAAAAAGUUACUAAAGAAGCCAAGAAGAAUAGCAAAGACAUUAUCGGCAAAAUCAAUGAAGAUGUACCAGUGUCAAGCAGCAGUAGCAGCAAUAAUGAUAUUUGCAGAAUUUGCCAUAUGGGUAACUCGACGUCAAAUCAAAGCUGUUUGAGAAGCGAUGAACAAGAAUUAGAAAAUGUGAAUAGAAUUGGUAAUGCGGUUUCCUUGGUCAACUUUGAUCUUGGCUUAUUGGUUUCAGCUUGCAGAUGUCGAGGAACAGUAGGGCUGGUACACACCAAGUGCCUUGAGCGAUGGCUGACAGAAUCGGGACAUACACGGUGUGAAUUAUGCGGAUAUAGGUACGCGACAAUAAGAGUUCCCCGUCAUGGGAUUCUACGUAGCCUUCUUAUCUGGAUCAGGACCUUCGUUGCAACACGUCAAAUGUUGCUGGACUCGCUUUAUUUGGUGGUGACGACGCCGCUGGCCGUAUUCUCGGCGUAUGUAUGUGCGAUGACGUUGAAAAUGGCCCUGGAGAAUAGGAUCGGCGAUAUACCCUGGACGAUAGUCGCCUUGCUACCAACCUGUUCCUUAACCCUCGUAGCCUAUUGGGGCUGGUUACUAACGCUACAAAGACUACAUGGGAGACGAUGGCGCCAAUAUUGGCAAAGUAAUUUUAUCGUGCAACUCGUUCCUGAUACUCCAAUAGCCGCUAAUCAAAGCAACGAAGAUCUUAACUUUAAUCAAGACGAACCUUACGAGGAUAUGCCAGAUAUUUUCAAUAUUAUUUAAAUUUGCCCAUUCCACAAAGAAAUAAGGAUAAUAAAGUACAAAAAUGUUUUUAAUAAA